AUGUCCACCCUCCCCGCUCCGGAUGCGCCCAUGCAGAUUGAAUGGCAGCCGGUGCCCCUCCAGCUUCAUGCCACCGGGCAGACACAGCUUGUUAAGAAGCCCAGGACUGCCCUACAGACCUACAUGCCCGGCUGUGAGCCUGCCUGGCAGGAUACCGACGAGGUUUCCAUCCAACAGUUCUUCACCGAGCUUCAGACCUGCCUCCAGCAUAGCCUGCAGAAUCAGUUGACCCGGGGCAGUCAGGCAGUACUCCUUGUACAAGAGCGCCAGGCAGCACAGAAUGCUCUGAUGGCAGAAGCUCUUGAGUACAUGAGAAUGGAGGUCAACUCUGUUCAGGAAGAACUCCGGAAGUAUGUGGAGAGAGAUGAACUAAAUGCCGAUGCCAUGGAGAUUGAGUGGACAAACCCGGCUACUCCACCAGACUUUGUUGCCAAGAUACAGAAAGCCCUUGAUGAAGGAAGGCUAUUGGUAGGGAGACCAGCAACUCCGGCACCAAAUCCAGGCUCCAGGUCCUCGUCCAGGGCAGCCACCAGGACAAUGCAGCGGAAAACCAGUCCCUUCGCAGCAUUUCCGGUCAGAUCCACUAGGAGAGUUGUUCCUAUUGUCCAGCCAGCGGUGGGAGCAUCUCCCUUACCUCCUAGCCGCUUUGCAGGAAUAAACCCAUUCCUCGGAUUAGCCGACCGAUCCUUUGACUAUGAGGGAGAACACUACCCAGGUGCAGGCCGAGGACCUCCCAGCCCGCUAGCCAGGAACCCAGGAAGGUUCACCAUGUCUGGGGCCGCUCAACCAGCAGCAACCUCACCACUGACCAGCAAUCCGGCACCAGUAGCACCUGUGGCUCCUCCCGCUGCGGCCGCCGCUCCCCCUCCAGCCAAUGUACAGGGUGGAAGCGGUGGGAACCAGAACCCUCCACCUCCUGUGGCCCGUGCUCCUGCUCCUGGAGACUCAGACAGUUCUGACAGUUCAGACUCGGAACCGGAAGGUGGUGACAGAAGAGGUUGGCGGAGAUACCUUAAGAAGAAGUUGGAGAAGCAACAGAAGGACCUAAGUCUCCAAGGUCUCUUCAGUCAACGUCGACAUGCCCGUAACACAAAGGCUCCACCACCCUCCAAGUUCCAGGGCAGAGCUGAGCAAGUGGAGACCUUCAUCCGGCAAUGUGAGAAUGUGUUCUCCAUUGAGAGCCUGUCAUUUACCUCUGAGGAGGUUAAAAUCCGAUAUGCAGGCAACUUGAUGGAAGGGGAGGCAGCGAUCAGAUGGUAUGAGGCAUACCACAACUCAAUUGAUCAAGCCUCCGCCAACCGCCUUGCUGGAAUGCCGGUGACUUUGGAUCUGAGAUGGAAGCGCUGGGAUUCCUUUGUGGAUGCUUUUAGAGCUGCCUUCGGUGAAGCCAUCUCUAGAGAUGAUGCUGUAGCCCAAUGGAAUACCCUCACCCACACAGCUCGAGGAGGAAUAGACCUCUUCCUGAAUACUAUCAUUCAGCUGAUGUGGAAGACUGGCUAUGAGGGUCAGUUGGUGGAUGAUAAGAUUCAUAAUUCCCUCCUCCCGGACCUGGGUAUGAGUUGGGCUCUUUUCAAUCCCAAGCCAAAGUCCUUGAUGGAGCGGAUAGCUGCUCUAAGAGAGUUAGAGCACACCCAUGAGAGGUACCAAGGGAUGGCAGCUGAGAAAGCGCACCCUCGGACCAAGAAAGAUCCUCCCGCUCAGAAGGACCAGCAGCCCAAGAGGAAAAGAGAAGCUGCGAGCUCCUCCGGACCUCAGAAGACUCCUGGACCUAAAGACAAAGCGGUGGAACUGAAGGGUAUCCCGGGGGAUAUUCUAGAAGAAAGAAGGAAAGCAGAAGUAUGCUUGAAGUGCGGCAAGUCCAGACACAAAUGGACCGAUUGUUGGUCAAAGGAACCUACUGUUGUCCGAGUGGCAGCAGUGAGAGUACAAAAGCGGAAAAGAGGGAAUGGCAAGUCCAGCUCUCAGAAGAAGGCUAAAGUGGCUGCUGUAGUAGCAGAGGAUCCACUUGUUGUACUCCCGGAGGUUACAGAAGAUUUUGUUUUGCAGCCUGAGCAAGACUCGGACAAUGAAAUCCUCUGGUAG